AUGACAGAGGAGCAGAAGACAAUUCGUUCCUCAGGUGAGGACGUGAGUGGAAACAUGUCAGUGAAUGUUUCUGAUGAACUCACCAAGUAUCCAUGUCAAAGACAAACUGAGACACUGAUUGAUAGACUUCAGCUUCAAGACAAACUGCAGCAGAAAUUCUCACCAGAGGAUUUUCUUCAGAUCCGUCCACCUGUGACACAGCACCAUGUCACAUCUGAGAAACAUCUGGCUCACAUGUUUGUCCGCAGGCUGAUGAUGUUAGACUGCAGGGCCAGAUAUAUUCCUGUAAGAGCAGACAGUCCUGAGGGGACAGAGCCAAAGCCCAGGCCGGUGACUGACAUCCCUGAGAAGGAUUACAGUGAUUGGGAGGUUUUUCUGAACACCAGCGUCGACACAGAACAGACUCGUGUGCAUCCAAUGGAUGUUCAGAUGGCCGUGUUUCACUGCUCAGACAGCUUCCUUAAACAGACGAUGGUCACAAAGCUCUCUCAGUGUCAGUACGCUUUACCUUUGCUGGUCCCUGACCCAGUCACAAUGGAGAUGGAGUGUCCUCUGUGGACUUUCAGACAGAUAACAAAAACCUGGACGGCGACUCAGAUCAAAGAUGGCUCACCCAUCAUCACCAUGAAGAGUGUUCCAGUCUGCAAAGCUCAGACACCUUUGGUGUCAUUUUUCCGCCUGGGUUCUCUGUCAGUGUCUAAAUCUCAGCUGAUGAACGCUUUGAUCAACGACCGCCACAGCACCUUCUUCCACAGGAACUGCCCAGGAAGCACCAGGUCUCGCCAUCUGAUGGAUGGUGUGGCAGAGAUAGCCUGGUACUGCCCUGCUGGGAAACCCACUGAUGCCUUCAGGGACUGCAUGGCUUUCUGUAAUCUUCACGGUGAUGCUCUGCAGAUUGAAAAACAGCGCGACAUACUGAUUGAAAAAUCCUCCAUCAACGUUUUCCUUGUUGCAUCUCUGCAAAAAGAUGAAGAAAGCGCAUCACUUAUAGCCGCCCUCCUUAAGUCUCAUAAACCUUUAAUAUGUCUCAGUGUUGAUGACAGCUGUGAUGCUCUCAGGACUAAAAAGGGAAAAUACAAAAUGGGUCUCAAAGGCAGAAACCAGUCAGAUCUCAGAACCAAAAUUCAGGACCUGUGGAACGCCCUCCUCAGUGAGAACUUUGUUUUCAGUGUCAAGAACACACUUGAAGUUGUAGUGUACAGAAAACUGGACCUGAUGAGUAAUAUUUGGACCAUUGAAGACCAGCUUCUUAAUAUGACUGAAAGUGGAAAACUUGAUAGUGCAGAGGAGCAGCAUGGGGAAUUCAAAAGAUUCACUGAAUCAGAAGACAUUCCUGGAGUUAAAGAAGCCCUGCAGAACAACGACACUGCUGCAGCAGCUGCAAGGAUUCAAGAAAAUUUAAAACAACAAAAUAAUAUUCCACUAAAUAUCGCCAUCACAGGAGAGUCUGGGGCUGGUAAAUCAACCUUUGUUAACGCCCUCAGAGGACUGUGUGAUGAUGAGGAGGGAGCUGCUUCUACUGGUGUUGCAGAAAUCACCCCAGAGGUCACAGCGUACCCCCAUCCAAACUAUCCCAAUGUUAUGUUAUGGGAUCUUCCUGGAAUCGGCACCACCAGCUUUCCAGCUGAUAAAUACCUGAAGCUUGUUGAAUUUGAGAAGUUUGACUUCUUCAUCAUCAUCUCAGACACUCGCUUCACGGAAAAUGAUGUGAAACUCGCAAAGGAGAUUCAGAAGAUGGAGAAAAAGUUCUACUUUGUUCGCUCAAAGAUUGACAACGAUAUACAAGCUGAGAGAAGAACGAGAUACUUCAAUAAAGAGAGGACUCUCAAAGUAAUCAGAGACAAGUGCGUUCAGGGAGUCAGAGGACUGGGCAUCGAGUCUCCACAGGUCUUCCUGGUGUCCAGCUUUAAACUCGAACUGUACGACUUUUCUCUCUUACAUGAGACCUUAGAGGGAGAGCUCCCUGAACUCAAGAGAGAUGCUCUGCUGUUUGCUACACCCAGUGUCAACCUGGAGAUCAUCAGCAAGAAGAAAGAAGCCUUCAAGUCUUUAAGUACAAGCACAGACGACCAGUUUGGAUUUGCAUUAGUUAAAGAAGAAAUUAAUGAAGCUCUGCUGAAGAAUGACCGACCAGCAGCUGCUGCAAAGAUCAAUGACUUAAUGAUGAAGGAGAAAAACAUCAGACUAAAUAUCGCCAUCACAGGAGAAUCUGGUUCUGGUAAAUCCACCUUUGUUAACGCCCUCAGAGGACUAUGUGAUGAUGAGGAGGAGGGAGCUGCUCCUACUGGUGUUACAGAAACCACCUUAGAGGUCACAGCGUACCCCCAUCCAAACUAUCCCAAUGUUAUGUUGUGGGAUCUUCCUGGGAUCGGCACCACCAAGUUUCCAGCUAAGAAGUACCUGAAGCAUGUUAAAUUUGAGAAGUUUGACUUCUUCAUCAUCAUCUCAGACACUCGCUUCAGAGAAAAUGACGUGAAACUCGCAAAGGAGAUUCAGAGGAUGAAGAAAAAGUUCUACUUUGUUCACUCAAAGAUUGACAACGAUAUACAAGCUGAGAGAAGAAAGAGAGACUUCAAUGAAGAGAGGACUCUGACAAAGAUCAGAGACAACUGUGUUCAAGGACUCAGAGGAUUAGGCAUCGAGUCUCCGCAGGUGUUCCUGGUGUCCAGCUUUGAGCUCCACCUGUAUGACUUCCCUCUGUUACAUCAGACCUUAGAGAGAGAACUUCCAUCAAACAAGAGAGACACUCUGCUGUUCGUCAUGCCCAACAUCAACCCAGAGAUCAUCAUCAAGAAGAAAAAAGCUUUCAAGCGUCGAUUAUAUUGGUUGGCCACUCUGUCUGCAGCUGUAGCAGCUGUUCCAGUUCCUGGUCUUUCUAUUGCUGUUGACCUUGCUUUGCUGGUUGGUGCUGUCACACAUUUUGUUCAUGCGUUUGGUCUCGAUAUCCCGUCUCUGACGAGACUUUCUAACAGAACAGGUGUGCCCUACGCUGAUCUACGUGCUGUCAUCAUUUCACCACUGGCUGCAGCAGAAAUAACUGCAGGGCUCCUCAUGAAGGUUGCGACCCAAGUGGGACGCACAGCUGCAUUAAUUGCAGCAGAGGAAGUAUCCAGAUUUAUUCCGUUUAUUGGAAUCCCAGUAGCCAUGGGCUUCUCUUUCGCCACAACUUACACAAUUCUGAAAUCGAUCCUCAACGAGCUCGCUGAUGAUGCUCAGAAGGUGUUUGAAAAGGCUCUGGGUUUGAACACAUCAGUGUGAAUUUAAAAAUUAAAGAUGAAUGAAACUUAAGAGUACAAAUGUAAAUAGUUUAAAUCAUUAAAUAUAAAUAUAUUGAAACCAAAUCAUGUUGCAGCAGCAUAUUUGAGCCAUUAUCCUACUAUAGCUGAUAAAUGUAUCAGAGGCCUCAGCAGGUCUCAUUUCUUCUCAUCACAUCGAUACAGGAACAAAUGUGAUGUUAUUAUUCAGAUAAAACCUGCUAGAAG